AUGCGGGUGGCCGAGGGCGCGCGGACGGCCGCGCUGGCGCUACUGCUCGGGGCGCUGCAUGGGGCGCCGGCGCGCGGUCAGGAAUACGACUACUAUGGUUGGCAGGCCGAGCCGCUGCACGGCCGCUCCUACUCCAAGCCACCGCAGUGCCUCGACAUCCCGGCCGAUCUGCCGCUCUGCCACACGGUGGGCUACAAGCGCAUGCGGCUGCCCAACCUACUGGAGCACGAGAGCCUAGCCGAGGUGAAACAGCAGGCAAGCAGCUGGCUGCCGCUGCUGGCCAAGCGCUGCCACUCGGACACCCAGGUCUUCCUCUGCUCGCUCUUCGCCCCUGUCUGCCUGGACCGACCCAUCUACCCCUGCCGCUCGCUCUGCGAAGCCGUGCGCGCCGGCUGCGCGCCGCUCAUGGAGGCCUACGGCUUCCCUUGGCCCGAGAUGCUGCACUGCCACAAGUUCCCCCUGGACAACGACCUCUGCAUCGCGGUGCAGUUCGGGCACCUGCCUGCCACCGCGCCUCCAGUGACCAAGAUCUGUGCCCAGUGUGAGAUGGAGCACAGUGCUGACGGCCUCAUGGAGCAGAUGUGCUCCAGCGACUUCGUGGUCAAGAUGCGCAUUAAGGAGAUCAAGAUGGACAGUGGGGACCGCAAGUUGAUUGGAGCCCAGAAGAAGAAGAAGCUGCUCAAGGCCGGCCCCUUAAAGCGCAAGGACACCAAGAGGCUGGUCCUGCACAUGAAGAACGGGGCGAGCUGCCCCUGCCCGCAGUUAGACAACCUGACGGGCAGCUUCCUGGUCAUGGGUCGUAAGGUAGAGGGACAGCUGCUGCUCACGGCCGUCUACCGCUGGGACCGGAAGAAUAAGGAGAUGAAGUUUGCAGUCAAAUUCAUGUUCUCCUACCCCUGUUCCCUCUACUACCCUUUUUUCUACGGGGCAGCUGAACCCCACUGAUGGACCCCCUGCUCCUUGCCCCCAGCCAGCCAGCUGUGCCUUGCCUCGCCCUCACUCCCAGGCUGACCCAUCCCCCUGGCAAGGAUGGCUUCGCACCCACUGCUUGCACAGGC